GUGAUGGAUUUAUAAUAUUGACUCAGUUGGUUUUCGUUCCUUGAAAAAAUCACGUAGAAGAUGAGGUUCCUUAUAAUUUUUAUCAUCUUCGUUCAUGCUCUAUUAAUCCCGGCAUCUUAUGGAUUUUUGGAUCUAGAGACGACUACGGUUAAAAAUUUUGUCUUGCCAAAAGCUGUAAGAAAUUUCGUUAAAAUUAAUUUGGACAAAUCAGAAACAUUAAAUGAGAGAAAUUACAAUCAUCGAACUACAACACAAAGACAGGAGAUAGAAAUACCUAAUGAGUCUACAUCACACGAAGUAAUUGACACCACGAUUAAUGCUAAUUUAGUGACCACAGCAGAAUCGAAACUUCAUUCAGAUACAACUACAACAAGAGGUCCAUUAAUUCCUGAUGAAAGAAUCCAGAUAAAAAAACCAGAACCAGAAACAAAUCCUAGCGUUUUGUGGUUCUUUAGUGGCGCAUUAGCUGGAGUUCUUCUAUCAUUCAUCGUCUUUUCCAUUUACAGCUUCUUCAAAUCUCGUACAGAAUCAAUUUACCAAAAUUUAUGAAUAAUCAGCAAUGUGAUACAAAAUGAUCAAAUUGUCUGUACACCUUUUGAACUUUUCGAGAUAUAAUUUUAAAUUCUGUAACCAAAUUGUAGCUGUGUGAAAAUGAGAACAGCCAAUAAUUUGAGAAUGUAGGCAAUUCAUAA